GUUUUGUAGUGUUGGGUUGGGCAGAUGUUAUCCACAAAUCAGCAGCAUGAAGUUUCUGAUAACUAUUUGACCAAACAACUUUCCUGUCAUCCACUUACUCCAUCGUCUUCCUCUGCGGUGCCAAGAAUCAAGAAAAUGUCAGUGGCAUCAUCGUCUUCAUUCCCAUGCAUCAAAUUCCCAAACCGAUCGGUGGUACAAUCGCCGCCAGCAACUCCCUCUUCUUCUUCCUCCUAUACUUUUAUGAGAUUCUGUGUAUCCAAGCCACCCGCACUUAACAUAAGGAACUCUCAAGCUGAAGGCCCUUUCAGAAGACCCGUGGCUCCUUCCCCUCCCACGCCUGUAAAGCCGGUCCCGCCUUCCGCUUCUCCGCCGCCGCCGCCGAGUGCUCCUCCCAAGGCGGCGGCUGUUGAGGACAAGAGUGUGGUUACCCUGGAGUUUCAGCGCCAGAAGGCUAAGGAAUUGCAGGAAUACUUCAAACAGAAGAAGCUAGACGAUGCUAAUCAAGGCCCCUUCUUUGGGUUUAUUGGCAAGAAUGAAAUCGCCAAUGGCAGAUGGGCGAUGUUUGGUUUUGCUGUUGGGAUGUUGACGGAGUACGCUACAGGCUCUGACUUUGUUGAUCAAGUUAAGAUUCUACUUUCGAAUUUCGGGAUUCUAGACUUGGAAUGAGACCAUGCUUAUCAUCAAUCAAGCCUACCUACUCUCUCUACCUUCUGCUGUAAUAUCCAAUAUUUCAUGUAAUCUUUUUUCUUUUAGUCAUCCAUUUUUAUGUGCUUGUUCAAUGUAUAAACACUAUCAAUUCCUUUUUCUUCAGAAAGUACACAAAUUUUGUUCUUCUUUGCCA